ACGCACACUGCUACGAGUAACGGCGCACGAUGUGCUCUGAGCCUCACGGAAACGCUCGGCAUGCUUGAGGUCUCGCCCUGGUUCACAGCUUGAUACUAAACGUUCAAAGGUGGAUCUAGAGCACGUAGCCUUUCCGAGCCACAUUUGCCAUGAUCCUACCUUUUCGUGCAGUUCUAAUCUGCGUUAAUGAGACUUGGAUCUACAAAUUGACAAUAAGAAAAUUAAUACCAGAUAUCUGCACCAGACUCAUUUCGAUUUAUUUACAAAUGUCGACCUUAACAAAUGAUGUUUGUUGGGCCGCCCAUUCUGUGCUCGCUGAUACCGAUUUCAACCUUCCAGAUCAGCAUAUGACUAGCUUUGAAGGCGGUCAUCGCUCGGGCUCGCACAUUGAAUCAAAUAGCCAACUUCGUCGGCAUGCUCAGUUGAUUCCCACGCAGCCCAGAACGCCACCAACCCAUCAGACUCAUCCGGUUCUUCAACUCGAUCAAUAUCGAGAUCUAUUGACGAAGGCAUCAGGCGAUGUCAUGGUCGGUGCGAAAUCAUUUGGUGUGGUACUCCCUGCCGUAGAUAGGAGGCAGCUAUUCUCGCCAGUGCGUAGAAAGGUGGUCAUGUGCUCGACAGAGGGAAACGAAGGUAAUUACUCGCCAUAGCUGUAGUCUCUUUCUGAAUGGCUAGGAUGAGGUCGCAUAAGUGUCCGUUGCAUGCUAUAAUUUUCUAUAUGAAUGAGGCUUAUGUCGCUAGAUGCUGUGUUCUAUACUGAGG